CAGAGGGAGACAGUGGGUUUGUUCACAGGCUUCUGUGUACUCACAGGCGUACAGAGAAGAAGCGCUUUUGGAUUUAAAGCACAAUGAUAUUCAACUAAAGGAACAGUACUUCAAUUUAGAAACAUGUUUGUUAAUAUAACUGGGUAAAUAAUCCAUGCAAAGGUGUAAUUUUUAUUUAGCCUUGCACAGUUGCCGUGUUUUAACGAGAAAUAGAAUGUGACGUGGCUUCAUGCGCGUCCGCGGCGCGGCGAAAUCUGCUCCUUGAGUCCGGGUCCAAAUGAGAGGGGAGCGGUCUAGUUGUGUAAUACAUUCCCAGGCUAGAGGCCUGAAAGUUUACAAGUAGGCGAGCUGACAGAAAAUUCGCGUAUGUUAAAGAGAUAAUCACGAAAACGAUUUUAAAAAGCUAUUUUUAAAAAGCAGUUCCAGUAGCAAACGACAGUUACUUCGUUAAAAUGAUAUCUAGAUUUUAAUAACGUGCGGUCAUAACCUCCUAAUCUGGGUAUUAUGAAAUUAAGUACAUACCUGAAGUUUUAUUUUGAUCUUAUACUGUAGUUAAUCGUAUUUCCAAUAAUUCCUACAUCAUGGAUGAAAAAUACAGCAGUAAUGUGAUUUCCAGUGGAAAGCUGGGUCCGGUAGAGGCGCAGAGUGCUGGGUUCACCAGGUACAUCGUGUUGCUGUGCGUCACCAAACUAUUGAAGGCUCUUGGAAUUUUUGAGUCAUAUGACCUGUUAAAAGUUGUCCACAUCGUGCAGUUCAUUUUCAUACUUAAACUGGGAUCUGCUUUUGUAUUGGUUUUCUUUCAGAGACCAUUUUCAUCUGGAAAAGCCAUAUCAAGACGACAGUGGAUGAAGAUCCUAAAACAUGCAGUCUUCAGCUGUAUUAUUUCACUUCUGGGUUAUUUUGGUCUUACGCUGUGUGGGCCUUUACGGACACUUUUGCUUUUUGAACACAGUGAUGUUGUGGUCCUCUCACUUCUCAGUGUGCUCUUCACCAGUUCUGGUGGUGGACCAUCUAAGACUAGAGGUGCUGCCUUUUUCAUCAUUGCUGUGAUUUGCCUGCUGCUUUUUGAUAAUGAUGACCUCAUGGCAAAGAUGGCAGAGCAUCCCGAAGGGCACCAUGACAGUGCUCUCACCCACGCCCUUUACACAGCUAUUUCAUUCCUUGGGGUGGCAGAUCACAAGGGUGGAGUGAUGUUGCUAGUGAUCUCCCUCUGUUUCAAGGUUGGAUUCCACACUGUCUCCAGAAAGCUGUCGGUUGAAAUUGGGGGAGCCAAGCGGCUAUAUGCUCUGUCUAAUCUGGUGUCAGCUGCAGUGCUGCUACCUUGGGUGAUAGUUUUGUCAGCCACCACAGACAGCAAAGUUGAAUCCUUCUCUGGUCUGAUCAUGCCUUUUGGAAUGAUAGUCUUCUCCGUAAUGGUUCUGGAUUUCUACGUGGAAUCCAUUUGCAUCGCUAAGAUGGAAGCACCCAGUUGCGCCCGCUAUGGCUCCCUGUUCCUGUUCUUCAGCGGGCUGCUCCUGGCCAACUUCUGGACACACCCACUAACCGACCAGCUGCGUGCCAUGAGCAAGCCAGCCCAGCAGGACAGCACUGAGCACGUGCUCUCGGGGGGUGUGGUGGUCAGCGCUGUUUUCUUCAUCCUGUCUGCCAACAUUUUGUCUUCACCCUCAAAGAAGGGGCAGAAAGGCACUCUGGUUGGCUACUCUCCUGAAGGUACUCCGCUUUAUAACUUCAUGGGCGACACAUUGCAGCACACUUCUCAUUCCUUGCCGAGGUUUAUCAAGGACUCUCUGAAACAGAUCCUGGAGGAGUAUGAUUCUAGACAGAUAUUUUACUUUCUGUGUCUCAACUUGGCUUUCACAUUUGUCGAGCUGUUUUAUGGUGUUUGGACGAACAGUUUGGGUCUGAUCUCGGAUGGAUUCCACAUGCUGUUCGACUGCUCUGCUUUAGUUCUGGGCCUUUUUGCUGCUCUAAUGACAAGAUGGAAAGCAACACGUAUUUUCUCAUAUGGGUAUGGUCGGGUUGAAAUUCUCUCUGGAUUUAUCAAUGGGCUUUUCCUUAUGGUUAUAGCAUUCUUCGUCUUCAUGGAAUCAAUCACAAGAGUUAUAGACCCUCCGGAUAUAAAUACAGAUAUGCUAACACCUGUCUCCGUGGGAGGACUCAUUGUGAAUCUCAUUGGCAUCUGUGCCUUUAGUCACGCCCAUUCCCACGGCGCGUCUAAGGGCAGCUGCUCCUCACACGAUCACGGACACUCUCACCAUGGGCACGGACACGGCCACGGGGAUCACAGCCAUGGGGGGCAUGGGCACAGCCACGGGCACGCACACAGCCAUGGGCACGGGCACUCACACGGCCCAUCUGGAGGAGGCAUGAACGCCAACAUGAGAGGUGUGUUUCUACAUGUCUUGGCUGAUACACUUGGCAGUGUGGGUGUCAUUAUAUCCACCAUACUCAUUCGGCAGUUUGGAUGGCUGAUUGCUGACCCCAUCUGCUCUCUCUUCAUUGCUGUGCUGAUAUUUCUGAGCGUCAUCCCCUUGAUAAAGGAUGCAUGCCAGGUUCUGCUCUUGAGGAUUCCUCCAGAACAUGAGAAAGACCUCAACAAUGCGUUGGAAAAGAUACAGAAAAUUGAAGGUGUUCUGUCUUACCGAGACCCACAUUUCUGGAGGCAUUCUGCAAGUGUCAUAGCGGGGACCAUUCAUUUACAGCUGAUGUCAGAUGUUGUCGAGCAACGCAUUAUACAGCAGGUAACAGCAGUGUUGAAAGAUGCAGGCGUAAACAAUCUCUCUGUCCAGGUGGAAAAGGAAGCAUAUUUCCAACACAUGUCUGGCCUUAGUACUGGAUUUCAGGAUAUUCUUGCUAUGACAAAGCAGAUAGAGUCAGUAACAUACCUAGAAGAUGGAACGUGCAUCAUGUGAACGGCACAGUGUGGGAACAAACAGCAGGACUUCAGCUGCAGAAACUGAAAACGAUAAAGUUUGGGAAACUAAACUAUAAAUGUGUCUUUAUCUCUCAACAUUUUUGCACAUUGAUGUAUGGUAAUAUAUGCAUAUGUAUUUUUACAUAACUAGAAAUAUUUUUGCUUCCAACUGGAGCAGUAGGAUUUAUUUAAUUGAAAGUCUAAAACUGAUUGAGGUUGACAGAUGUAAAAAGACUGUGGAAGUCAGUACUUGCAUUAAACCUGUUUGUUGAUUUCAAA